AUGCAGCGCAGUCCCGAGGUCAUCAAACGUCGCCGAGAGCAGAAUCGUCUUGCGCAACGAAGACGACGUCAACGACUGCAAGACGGGAAGCAAACAAGAGCGGGCGACAAACAGCAGGACGAGACAUGCGCGGAACCCGAUCAAUCCACGCGAUCGACCCUGUCGAGCGUCUCUCCUACCGAUGUCCAGUCCCUUCCAUCCGUAGUUGGCACGUCGCCGACAUCAGAGGAAUUGCUGUCGCCUACGUUUCUUCCCGGUCUGGAUCAUGCAGGAGAGGACUGUGGCGAAACGUUCGUUGACGAUAGCUUGUUCGUCAUUCCAGAGCUGAACUCGGCCAGAAUUGAAGAAUCAAACUCCGAACACGCCCCUGUAGGAGAGGAUGAAAGAAGCAGAGUGAUGAAAAUACCAGGUGCUGCUCCGGCGGCAUCGCGCGACGUGAGAAGGAGAGGAAGAUCGCACCCACCAGGCUUGGACCUCGUCUCACAACUGACCUCGCAGUCAACAAAGUACAUCUGGCCACGGAGGACGACUUCAAUCGCAAGCACAAACCCGAACAGCAUUCAAAAUGAUGUAAUCGAGCGACGAUCGGUUCGCCGAAUGACUGCGCUUCACCUUGGCGCGUCCAAAGGCCACGUGGACGCGGUGCAGGCGCUCAUCGACUACGGAGCCGAUAUCGACGCCGUCGAUGGCUUCGGUCGGACGGCGCUCCAUCAUGCGGCCCUCAACGGCCAUCUCCCGGUGGUAGCACUAUUGUUGCAGAAUGGGGCAGAUACCGAGGUGGUGGAUUUCGAUGGAUAUACGCCGCUGCACAUGGUGGCCGAUACUGGACAUGGGGAGGUCAUCAAGCUGUUGCUUGAGGGCGGCGCUGAUUUCAAUGCUCGUACCCUGGAGGGCUGA